GAACAACUUUUACACGUGACUCUUUGUGGGCUCGCGAUCGCCAACUUGGCCGUGGGCGCGUCCGUUUUUUCCCCCGUUUGUUCCCACUGGGUACUGGUAGCUAGGAAAUGAGUCUCGCUUUUUUACACGCUCACGACUCGUCCGAACCUCAUUCAGACGCUGUUUGGGGCAUUUCAUGGACGAUAAACGACACCGUACUCUCAAUAUCUGCAGACGGUGGAAUCAAACAAUGGACAUCAUCCUCAGGACAACCCCAUCCACCAAGCUCCAACUCCGGCUUUCCUCCUCGCCAUACAUUAGGGCUGGUUUCUCUCUCAACAUCACUCGAUGGUAGAUAUGCGCUGUAUAAUAGUAUUGAGGGGCUGACGUGUCUGUGGGAUCUGAGCUCCGGAGAGCUAGUGGGCAAAUUCGAGAGUUAUGCAAGGACUGCACAGUCGGACGAGGUUGAACCCGCAUGGUCGGUAUCACUCAAUCCCAAAGGAGAAACAUACGCCUCCUCUGGAGGAUCGGGGAAAGUCACCAUCCACUCAGCCCAACCAUCUGAAAACUUCGGUAAAAAGUUAACCUCCAUACCAUCAGGAAGGACAAAAUUUGGGAUGUACUGUGCUCACAGUCCCGAUGGAAAACGGCUCGCCCUCUCUUCCGAAAGCGGACAGAUCUUCAUUUUCGACCUGGAAUCAAACUCUCUAGUAAACACGUUUACCUCGCAUGCUAUGAACGUCCGUUCUUUGUCUUGGUCUCCGGACUCCAGCCUUCUUCUAAGCGCAUCUGAGGAUAAACGCCUCGUUCUUCAUGACGUUCGAUCAUCUCCUUCAAACGUCACUGCAGGGGGAGCUGUCGCCACAUUCAGCGGUCAUUCAUCAUGGGUUCUCAGUGUUGACAUGUCUCCUGAUGGAAGAUUGGGACUCUCGGGGUCAGCAGAUAAAACUAUCAAGGUUUGGGAUAUCGCUGCACGCGCCUGUGUUUCAACCAUUCCCGAUACUGGUGGGGGCGAAGUAUGGGCUGUCUCAUGGAGACCGAAACCUCCUGCCCACGGGGCCGGUGCUGGUGCGUUCGUUAGUGGUAACGAAGACGGGGUGGUGAGGUGGUGGAGAGGUGCUGGUGCAAACUGAAGCCCAUAUCCAUAGAAUUCUGAGUUCUCGGUCACGCAUGUGCAAUGUCUCAAUUUUGCUGUACUGUAAAAUGUAAACUGUAGCUGUAAACGCGGUACUUCAGGUGCGGGUAUAUG